CCUUUAAUAUGUAUCAGAAAUCCAGGCAUUCCAGGCAGAGCAGCAAACAUGAUUCAUGUACACCCACGUUAUCUGUCAAUCUGUCAUACACACAGACACACCUGGGCAUACUGGAAGCCAGGUGACUUCAUACCGAACACAGAUCAACCAACGUUUAGAACCAGAAGCUCAAAUCCGAUAUUACAAGAGCUAAGAGUUUGAAUCGCGGACUCAAAAUAAAACACUAAUCGUUUCUAUCUCCUUACAGACAGACGAGACAGUAUGCCGUGUAACUGCGAUCCCUCGCGCUUCCUGCUCGGCGAAACUGGAGAACCAGACGGUGGAUUUGGACUGUGUAUCCGAGCCGAUCAGAAUAUGGUCAUCUUGGGUUCUCCUAAAGCCUCAUAGAGACAACAUAGCGAAGGAUAUAACCUACAGGAUUUUGUUCUUAACCAGUUUUCGAUUAAUUGUCUCUUGGAUACGAGAGUGAAACUGUUGCGCAAUGAAGUUGACGUGGUGGAUAGUCCAACUGCUCCUAUUGGCCAGCGGAAGUGUGUGUUCACUGGAACGAGUCACACACAGCCCAGAAAACAACGUCAUCUGUCCUCAGGCUCUAAACUGCAGGGUGAGAAAUACAGAUCCUAUCACACCAUUUGAUGUGGUCUGUGGUUCUGUUUAUGUGUGUUCUCUGGCCGUGAAGCCAAAACUGUGCUGUCAUAAGAAUGACUGCAAACCCUGUUUGUGGAUCAACAUCCAGCUGAGUAUUAUUCUAGAUCUCAAAGAGGAGGAGGACAGAGAUAUUGAGAGAUCACAAUAUGAAGAGGAGAGCAGUGGGGACUGGGAUUCGGGAUGUGUUUCCAUGCCAAACGACACAUCAGAAGGUCAAAGGGAAGAAUACUCUCUUUGUGAAGGCCAGCUAGAUCAAGCUACUAUUACAAUAUGCUACCAACCAGCAGAAAUGCAGUAUGAGUGGUGCAAGAGAUUAGACUUCACAGUGACUUCUACCACAAGCCGUAAACUUCUCAAUCUGACUCUGGUGGAGUAUAAUGAUGUUGACUUUGGCAGAACAAUGAAGAUCACUGUUCGAUCAUUCACUAAGUCACCUGAAGUUGAAAUAAAUGAAUUCCCUACAUUAAAAACAGUGUGUUCCUUAUCACACCUCAAGGACAUAGAGCAGUGCAUAGGUCCCAGGGUCUCCACUGAAAUACAGGGGAGUGUGGUUAAGGUGCUGUUAGUCGAUGAGGAUGAAGGAGCUUCUGAACGCCUGUCCCUGUGUAUGAAACGCGGAAGAGAAGGGAGAUGCUGGCCCUUGCCAAGUAAUAACAUUCCACUGGCAUCAAUCACAGACUGCAUGUGUUUCCAGGUACCGUGCUUUUCAAACAUGCACACGCUCAAAACAAUGCCUGCUAAAAUCUCUCUCAGUAUUAUUUUAACUUGCCUUGUGUGUUUGCAUGUGCUUCAGGCAUGGAAAAAUGUUUCAGUUCGUGCGGAAAUCUGUCCUUUUGAAAAAAAUACAGUAUUUAAAGCCAAUGUCCUGAGCAACAUGUCAGUGUCUUUAGCCCACAUCAAGACAAAUGAUGGUAAACCAGUGCUAAGCUGGAAUUUCACAGUGCCCUGCAGGAUAAGAGCCGAACUGUGGCCGUGUCAGCUCGAGGCAGAUGGAAAAUGCACAGAAGUUGAAGGAUUCAGACAGAAAUGCUGUAAUGAUUGGAGAGAAAACAGCACAAUACUAUGGGCAUCAGGGAGGUUUGUGAAUAUCAGGUCACGGAAUCACCAGCAGCUCUGCGUGAUGCUUGAAGUAGAUAGAAAGAUUGCGCGGUACUGUCAACAUCCCUUGGAGCGGCAGUAUUGGAGCCUUCUUCUUCUUCUGCCGCUGGUCUUUGUUUGUCUGACUGCUUUUGGAGUACUUCUCCUGGUGAACAAACUCAAAUGGUCGCUUAGCGAAUGGGACAGAAGAUGUCAUUCUCAAGAUAUGAGGGGACAGGUGUUGUUGCUCCAUUCCUCAGCCACGGACCCACAGCUGGUGUGUGAGCUGGGCCAGUUGUUUUCUGAGCUGGGUUUCAGAGUAUUUCUCGAUCUGUGGAACCAAACAGAGCUCGGUUCUUGCGGCCCGGCCGCGUGGCUCCACUCUAAGCUCGAUCACAUCCAAAAUCAUGGAGGGAAGGCCCUUCUGGUGCUUUCUCCGACAACACUGCAGAGAGCCGAGUUGUAUUGGAAAAUUGCAGUGGAAAGACGAAGCAAUCCUGCCACAUACUCCUCAGAUAUGCUGGCUUCGGCAUUGGGCUGCAUUUUUGCUGACCGUCAGAAGGGCUGCGCUGCUCAGCGGUUCGUCCUUGUGCAGUUAGACGUUCAUGAACUUCCCAUCAAUGAGGAGCAUGACAUGCCAAAGCUGUUGAGGGGCCUGCCGCUUUAUAAACUGCCCUCACAGUCUCAGGGAUUACUUAUGGAACUGUGUUUGGAGAGCCCAAAUAACAUGAGCGGGAAGUUGAAGAAGAUGUGGUGGAUGAAAAAGGCACAGAGAAAGCUGGCCCAAGGAGUGCAGAACAUUUUUAAGUCGAGGGUGAGGACUGAAUCCAUGCUCACUCAAUUUGAUUCACUCAGCCUAGACACGGAAGACACAGAGGAAAGAAUGUUUCUCAAAAAUGAACAGCAUUGAUGUAUCAUUUACUCCCUUGUCACACCAGAACAUUGUUUUGAUUGUCAGUCACAAUCUGUCAGUAUGGACUAUGGACAGAUAACAUGAACAAUAAAAGUACCAGAAGGUCCAAAAAACAUGGUGAUGCCAUGUUUUUAUGAGCAUGCUUGGAAAUACCAAAUGCCAUCAUGAAGUACCUUUGAAUACUACGUGAAUAUGGCAUAAUACAGACAUAUUUACAGUAACUGGCUAUUAUCGCUGGGAAUAGCUUAAGAAGGAAGUCUGCAUGUACUUAAAAGUCCAAAUGAGGAAAUUCCACAGUACAGACGCUAUAGGAAGUAAAGAAAUUU